AUGGAUAAGUUUCUCAUCAAGUUACCAAAGCCAAAAGAUGGCCAACCAAGUUCUAGCUCUAAUCAACCAUUUGUGAGUUCACAAGUUGCUCCGGAAGUUCAAAGACAUACAAAUUCUUUUCCACUUUCAAAUAUGGAUAGUAUGCUUGAUUUUAAAUCUCUUGAAGCAGAUCCCAAAGAUCGAAUGCCUAUUUCAUCUUAUAGUCCUAAUAUUCGAGAUGCGGUAAGGAGGUAUUACAUUCAAAAAAAGCCAUGUCAACCUGUUGAUCAUAUCUUCCCUAAAACUAAGUUUGUAGAUAAAAUGCGUCAAUUUCGACCAACUUGGUUUAAGAGAAGAUCUCAAUGGUUGGAAUAUAGCAUUAAAGCAGAUGCGGCAUUUUGUUUGUGUUGUUAUUUGUUCAAGAAUGAACUUGAAAGUCGUGGAAAUGCCGGAGAUUCAUUUACAAGAGAUGGUUUUAGGUGUUGGAACAAAGCUUUAGAAAGAUUCAAAAAACAUGUUGCAAGAUUUCUCUUGACAUCGGGAUUUCCAUUUCGUGGACAUGAUGAAAGUGAAGGUUCCAAAUAUAAGGGUGCUUUUCUUGAACUUUUGAAAUGGUAUGGGGAUAGAAGUUUUGAUGUGGGAAGAGUAAUAUUAGGUAAUGCUCCACAAAAUGAUAUGAUGAUUUGUCCGACAAUUCAAAAAGAUAUUGUGGAGGCUUGUGCUAAAGAAACAACUAAGGCUAUCAUUGAAGACUUGGACGGUGAUUAUUUUGGAAUAUUAGUUGAUGAAUCAAAGGAUGUUUCUCAUAAGGAGCAAAUGGCUCUAAUUUUGAGAUAUGUCAACAAAAGUGGAAUGGUGAUAGAGCGAUUCUUGGGUAUUGUCCACGUAAAUGAUACAUCUUCUCAAUCAUUAAAAAAGGCAAUUUAUUCUUUGCUUUUGGAUCACUCAUUAUGUACAUCCAAAAUACGUGGUCAAGGUUAUGAUGGGGCUAGUAAUAUGCAAGGGGAAAUAAAUGGUCUCAAGUCUUUGAUUUUACAAGAUACGUCAUCUGCAUAUUCUAUUCACUGUUUUGCUCACCAAUUGCAAUUGGCACUUGUAGGUCUUUCCAAAAAGAAUUCGGAUGUGGAUAAUUUUUUUUAUGUUCUCACUAAUAUUUUGAAUACUAUUGGAGCUUCAUUUAAACGCAGAGAUUCACUUCGACAACAUCAAGAAGAUAAGUUGGAAGAGUUGCUUAAAUUUGGAGAAGUUCAUACAGGGCAAGGUUUGAAUCAAGAACGUGGCCUCCAACGACCGGGUGAUACCCGUUGGGGGUCUCAUUUUAAAACCUUGGACAAUUUCCUGAUUCUUUUUUCUUCAAUUGUUAAUGUGCUUAAGGAUAUGAAACGUGAUUGUCCAUAUCAUCUUGAUAGAUUUACGGCGGAAAAUCUUUUGAGCAAGAUUCAUGAAUUUGAAUUUGUCUUUAUGUUGCACUUGAUGUUUAAGGUGUUGCUAUUGACGAAUGAGUUGAAUAAAGUUUUACAAAAGAAAGAUCAAGAUAUCGUUAAUGCUAUGGGAUUGCUUGACCUUUCAAAGAAACGAUUGCAAAUGAUGAGAGAGGAUGAAUGGGACUCUAUGAUGGAUGAGGUUAGCUUAUUUUGUGGUAAACAUGAAAUUUCAAUUCCCAAAAUGAAUGAAGACUACUCUAAUGGGAAGUCGAAGCGUAAGAGGUCCAAUAUUUCAUAUUUGCAUCACUUUCGUGUGGAAGUAUUUUAUGCCGUCAUUGAUUUGGCACUUCAAGAACUCAAUAAUCGUUUUGAUGUGGUGACUAGUGACUUGCUCCUCGGUAUGGCUAGUUUGAGUCCGGUUGAUUCAUUUGCUAAUUUUCACAAGGAUAGGAUAAUGAAACUAGCCGAGUACUACCCAAGUGAGUUUGGUGAUAAAGAGCUUCGGGAACUCAAUUUUCAACUUGAUGAUUUUAUUGUCUAUGCUCAAAAGUGUGAUAGCAAGUUUCUCAACUUGAAGGGAAUCAAGGAUCUUGCAAAAGUGAUGAUAGAGACAAAACUAGAUCAAACUUGGUCACUUGUGUAUCUACUUGUGAAGCUAACUUUGAUUAUUCAUGUUGCUACCGCAAGCGUGGAAAGAGCAUUCUCAUCAAUGAAGUACAUAAAGAAUGAUUUGCGUAAUAGGAUGGAUGAAGAUCUUUUGAAUGGUUGUUUAGUUUGCUAA